UUUCUCUGGCCACGUUUCACGGAACCACUACUUUUACACUAGUGUUUAACUCAUAUGUAUAAAUAGGCAUUUCCUCGUACGCCCGCACACACAAAUUUCAACGAUUUUACCCCGGGAAACACUUUUGGAUGGUGCAGGUGCCGCCCACCAGCAACGGAUGUAAAAAAGAUGUCGGCGGCAUUCCACGACCAGCCGCACGGCGAUCAUCAUCAGUGCAACUGCAGUAGCGCGUCUACGCCGGCCACGCAAUCGCUGGAUGAGCUGGAGUUUGAGCGGGGAAUCUGGACAGCUGCGAUCGACAACGAUGCGGCCAAAGUGAGGACGCUGAUCGGGAGGGGACAUCUCUGUGAUCGGGACAACUCGGGCUACACGGCACUGCACUACGCCGCCCGGGCUGGACACUUGGAGAUCUGUCGGAUGCUGCUGGAGGCUGGAAUCGGUGUGAACGAGCGAACCCACGGAGGAGGGGCGACCGCACUGCAUCGGGCCGCGAUGAUGGGCCGCGAACCUAUCCUGAAGCUCCUCCUGGCGCACAAAGCCGAUGCCUUGCUGCAGGACAGCGACGGCAAAACGGCUCUUCACCGGGCAGCCGAAAAGGGUCACCUCGAGUCGUGCCGGAUUCUGCUUCAGCAUGGUCCAGCGGCAAAAUCCACCCCCGACAGUAAAGGCCACCGUCCAGCGGAAUCGAUAAGCGAGUCCUCGCCGCAGUACGAGCAACUGAGGGCACUUUUUAUUGCGUAGGAUUGCCAUUUUUGUGUCCCGAGUUGCCUUAAAAACAUACAAAACGUUGUCAUCCCCUGCUCCGAUCCAGAUAAAAGUCAGAUUGCUAAAUUUUCGGUUCAUGAGAUGUUUGCUAAAUUAUUGAGUAUUGUAUCAAGCAAUAGUCUACUUGUGAUAGUCGCUCAGAGAUAUGCUGGAGAAAUUUUAAACUGGUUAAGUUCUUUGUGCUAGACAAAGUGUGACAAAAUUAAGCUAGCUUAUUUGGUUUGAUCGCUGUUCAACAAGUAGCCCAUCCCGACACAUUUUAUUUCAAUAAAUUGACACAGCGACUUGACGAAAUCAUUGACUUGCAGCUAUUAUUUCUUAUCGAAACCUUGUGCAUUGCCUCGAAAAUCUGUGUAAAAUAUUGCGCCUUGCAG